AUGGAGAACAUCUACAGCAACACUGAUGUUGAAUUCUCAAAUAUGAAUAAAGAAGAGAAAUGUUCAGAUUUUGCAGAUUUCAGUCAGUCAGUCUCACUUGAUAGAGUUAGUGAGCAGUACACCAACGCUACAGCUUUACUGAAGAUGCACGAAAAUGAAACUACAGAUGAAGAUGUUUACGAGAACGCUAUAGAACUUAAAGAGGAUCCAAAGAGGCAGAAAAGUGCAGAUCACAAUCAGUCCGCCUCGUUUGAUAAAUUAAGUGAGCGGUUUGCUAACGCUACAGCUGAACUAAAACUGCAAGAGCUCAAAACCACCGCUAAAGAGCGAGAGUAUAAACAGCUGGAGGAGAAACAUCAGCGCAUCCAUGAAGUCCUUUCUAAAGGUAUGGACACAGUAUUUCCUCUUUCUCUCUUUUUAAACACAGCAAAUAAAACUUGUGAACUGUGUGAUGAAGGAUGGAGGUCUCCUGGGUUGAAGUGCUACUUUUUCUCCACCAGUAAUCUGAACUGGAUGGCAAGUCGAGAUUCCUGUGUUGAGAAAGGAGGUCACCUAGUGAUCAUAACCAGCCAAGCAGAACAGGAUUUUUUAUACUUAAAUGUUAAAGAAACUCACUGGAUGGGUCUGAAUGAUCUGGAGACGGAGGGAAAGUGGAUGUGGGUGAACAACAAGACCUUGGAUGAGACCGGUGUGAAGUUCUGGUUCGAGACGGAUCCCAGUGAGCCUGAUAACUGGACAGUGGAGGACCCUUCUGGAGAGAACUGUGCUAGUUUGGGAGAUGAGAAAGGCAAUUAUCAUAGAUGGUUUGAUGCUUCCUGUCAGAAGGUGAAAAAGUACAUCUGUGAGAAGUAA